GCAAAGUUGAAUGACGUUUAUUAAAGUUUGCAGUAUAUAUAUAUAUAUGCAUGGGUGUGACAAUUAAUUUAUAUCCAUUGCCCAAAAUGCAGGGAACUAUCAUUUUACUGUUAGCAUUAUCCCGUGCUCUAGCACAGCAUGAUCGACGUCAAUACCAACCAGAGAAGCCGGGGAGGUGCCCCUUCACUAGAAAAACUGAUUGUGUAUGUGCUCCGUCCGAUAUAUUGUGUGACAGCGACAGUGACUGUAGGGGAGAACAGAAGUGUUGCUCCUUCGGCUGUGGGUGUAGAAGAUGCAUUGAUCCUAUUAAAAAACCGACAGUAUGUAUUCAGAAAGGUAGAGAGUACAAAGUCGGAAUGCUGGUUCCUGGUGGUGAAAAAUGUAGCGAGUGUGCAUGUAAUUCAGACGGUAUCAUCAGAUGUUCUUUACCAAUUUGCACAGGACAUUCUCGGGAAAUCUGUUCCCAACCAAAGGUCGCUGGUCCUUGUAAGGAUUUAGUUAGACGUUGGUGGUUCAACGAAGACACGUUUUGCUGUGAACCAUUUUAUUAUGGCGGAUGUGAAGGAAACGAAAACAACUUCAAGUCGAACGAGGAGUGUAGAUCCCGGUGUGGCUGGGUGCGAUUGGGGUAGAUGUAACAGGACAGAGAGUGUGUUUUGUUGUCCCCCUCAUAAUUAGAUUGUGCAGGUCUCAACGCAGAUCCUACUACUGGUAUUGAAUACAGGAUACCAAUGCUUUAUAACUUCAAUCUUUACAAAUUCGUAUGUACAUAUGUAAAAUAUAUUAUUUGAUUAAUGAAAAUAUACAAAAAUACAUAAGACAAAACUGCAAAAAUAUUAGGACCAUGCCUUUUCCUCCUAUAUAUUGUAAGAUUUGU